UUUCGCGAUCGCUGAUCAAAAGGCCAUUUCAACUUUGCAUUCCUUCGCAGCACCAUGCAGCUCUCGCUUCUCCUCUCGGCGCUCGUUAUGACGUAUGCGCAAGAGCUGUGCUCGACCAACGAGAUCCAGGCGGCAGUGACAAGCGAGGUGCUCACCGUGUCGGGCUCGGUGCUGCAGUGCGCACUCGACGUGGGCCUCGACCCCACCGGUGUGCCGUACCCUGCGCUCGCGACGGCCGCGCAAGCCGCGCUCAUGGCCGAGGACGUGAGCUGCAUCAAAGUCUACGGCGCGGUGCAGACCGGCAUCGCCAACAUCUCGCCGGCGUGCAUCUUGACCAAGGCGCCGAAAGUGAUCACGUCCGACCAAAUCUCGGGCAUUUCGUACCCCGUGUUUCUGGCGCUCGCUCGAGCGGGCGCGGGACCUGCCGCCACGGCAGCGCCGGCCGCAACCGAGACGACGGCACCGACCGCCACCGAGACGACGGCACCGAAUGCCACCGAGACAUUGGCACCGACCACCACAGUGAACGAGACAGCGACACCGACGCCGACACCGACGACGACCACGGCACCGGUUGGGACGUCGCAAAACAACGACGACGGGUCGCCGACAGCCGCCAAGCCCAGUGGCACCUCGAAUGCGGUGGUGGCCUCGGCGACCUGGAGCGCGCUGGCGGUACUCGCCGCCGCUACCAUGGCGUAAGCAGCAACGCUAACAGUGGAAAUACAUUUCAAUUCGUUUUGUACAUAGAC